GAAGGAGGUUUAGAACACGGCAUCGGUCUAGGAGGCCACGGCCACGGCGGACACUACAUACCCGUUGUCAAAGCAAUUGGAAUACCAGUUGCGAAGAGGGUUCCAUUGCUCGUACCGAGCUUGCAGGUUCAAGCCAUUCCACAAAAUUAUCCAGUCCCGGUAAUCGUACAAAAACCUGUUCCUUAUGAGGUUGAAAAACAGGUGUUUACGAAGGUGGAGAAAAAGGUACCCACGCCGGUGGAGAAAAUUAUUCCGGUGAAAAUUGAGAAGCUCGUGCCGUUCCCCGUUGUGAAGCAUAUUCCUAUUCCUGUGUCGAAGCCUAUUCCAAUUAAGAUUCCUGUUUACAAAACAAUAGUACAUAGUCACAAGGGCCAUUAA